AUGUGCAAGCUCUUGUUGUGUAUCCUGGCUUUGUUUACGCCGCCAUUGGCCGUGCUGUUCGAUCGCGGUUGUCAUCGAUCGUUUUGGACGAACUGCUUGCUAACGUUGCUAUUCUUCGUUCCGGGUGUGAUUCACGCUUUCAUAGUGAUUCUCAGCAAGAAACAUCGUCAUCGAUAUGACAGCGAUCAUCAUCACCAUCACGACCACGAGGUCGUUAUUGAGAGCAACAGGGUUCAGUAUGCUACACAACCAGUGGUAAUCCACACGAACCUUCAUCAUCACCACCAUCACGACGAUGUGAUCGUCGCUCGACCAGAAUAUCUCGCGCAAGGCGUCGUCACCUAUCCGCCACCACAAGCGGUCGCCGCCUACCCGCCACCACCCCUUUAUCCUAACAUGAAAGAUAUUCAAGUUCACUAA